UAUAUCCAUUUUAAUAAAUAUGAGUCUCAAGAUUUUCUACAAAGAUAGCUACUGUGCCAAUGCUAACUCUAUCAAGAUCGCUGCUGACCUUAGCGGAGCUGAAUUCGAAAGUGUAAAAACUACUAAAGAAGAAUUUACUGCAAGCAAAGGGGAUAAGUUAAGUUUACCAUACGUCGAAGUUGAAGAACAAGGAUUAUCAGAGACCAAUACUAUCUUGAGACAUAUCGCUAGACUUAACCCAGACUCUAAUCUUUAUGGAAAAUCUCUUUAUGAAUCUGCCAUGAUUGAUACCGUCUUAGACCAUGCAUACAGUCUCCUUGAGGAAGCUAUCAAGAUUACUUGCACUGCUUUGGGAUGCAGAUCAACUACUUCAGCUGAUUUCAAGGCCGAUAAAGAAAAAUAUGUUGCAAUUCUUAAGGAACUUGAAAAAGUGUUAGAUGGUAAAGACUUCUUUGUUGGAGAAGGCAUUACCAUUGCUGAUAUUAGAGUUGCCAGUAUCUGUGCAUACCCAUUUAGACUUCUCAUGGAUCCAGGAACUGCUAAACAAGUGCCAAAUCUCAUUGCUCACUUCGAAAGAAUCUCAGCAAAUGAAAGCUUCAAGAAGUUCUUCGGAACUACUCAUGUUGCUAAGAGACCAAUUAAGGUUAAGUUUGCUAAGAAGUAA